UGGAGAUUUUUUUUAACUUUUUUCUUAUAAUACUUUAUUUGAUAGCAUAAGCCCAAAUGAACAUUUGAUUCACCCAGUGUAGACAAUUAAUAUUUUUGGGUAUGCCAUGAAACUUCGUUCAUUUACUGUUAAUAUUCGUAAGAUUUAAAAGCAUUCUUCGUAAAUACACUUCUACACUGAAAAAUCGAUAGAAAAACUAAAAUAAAAAAAUGUCGGCCGAAGUUGAGGAGCUGCUGAAGCGUUUUCAGUCGAUGAAGAACAUAGUCGGCAUAGUGGUGAUAGACAACGAUGGUAUUGCCAUCAAGACGACCCUGGACUACAACUUGACCCUGCACUACGCUGCCCUGAUGCAAACGCUGAAAGAGAAGGCUCGCCAGGUGGUCCUGGAUCUGGACGCCACCAACGAAUUCACCUUCCUGCGGCUGCGGACGCUCCUGCACGAGGUGAUGCUGUGCCCGCAGGAGGAUUACUUCAUCAUGGUACUCCAGAGCCCCAGUGACUAAAUAAGAAAUACGCAUCCUGCGGAGGCCCAAAACCCCAUGUCAUUUGCAUCCGUUUAAAGGCAAAGUGUUCAUUAAAUGAAAUGUUAUUAACAUA